AUGGACUGGUGGAUCGAUUUUGCCAUCAUUCUAGCUGCGUGCAUUGAAGUACUGUUCAUUUUGAUGGGGACUGCUGUGGAGGAAGUGAGGAUUUUCAAGCUUCUGCGGAUUGCAAGGGUAAUGCGUUUGAUUCGCUUCAUUCGCAGAUCACCAUCGCUGCGUGAACUGCGGAAAUUGAUGCUGAUGUUCGCCAGCGUCAUUCGCACUCUGGCCUGGUCUUUCCUAUUUUGCUUUAUUGCUACGACGCUCUGGUCCAUGAUUGCCGUUGAACUCCUGCAUCCAAUUAUUCAGGAGCUAGCUGAGGAGGGCACAUGGAGCGAUUGCAAGGAUUGCCGCGAUGCUUUUGCUACGGUUCUGGAGUCGAAUCUCACUUUUCUUAAAACGAUGCUUGCUGGGGAUAGUUGGGGCUUGGUCGCCAUGCCUGUUAUCCGAAGGGAGCCCUAUACAGCAAUCGUGUUCAUCGGCGCUCUAGUUACCGUCAUGUACGGAAUCUUGCAGCUUGGCAGAGAUCGGCAGAUUUGGAACCUCAUUGUUGCUGUGAUUGUAGACGCUGCUGUGGAGCAGCGUGAGAAGGACAUCGGUACGCUAGCUGCCGAUUUGGAUUUUGAGCUCGCAGCAGAUUUGAAGCGGCUGGGGCAGAUGUUCAAGAAGGUCGACGCUGACGGUGAUGGUGAGCUCUCUUUACAAGAGCUCAUACAGGGAGCAGAAAAGGUUCCGGAAUUUCAGAACCGCCUGCGAGUCAUGGAUAUUGACGCGGUUGAUCUGGAACAGCUGUUUCGCAUGUUGGACGAAGACCAUGGCGGGUCCAUCAGCCCAGAAGAAUUCAAGUUUGCCCUGAGCCGCUGGAUGCGUGAGUCCAAGACCGCGAACCACUUUGUCAAGUACAUGGUCCGAAAUCUGUCGGUAAGCCAAAGCCAACUGCAGAAGCAAGUCAGAGGGAUCAGCAAGACCCUGAAUAGAAUGGCUUGCAAUCUCAAUGAUUCUGCUCCCAUGCAGAGGGCUACUUCUGACGGCUCUCAGUGCUCGCAGGGCUCGGCUUCAAGCGAGUCCAGCCUUGAACAGCGGAUUCGCUGUUCACCAACAUCUCAGGAGUCCUUGCGCCAGAAACUGCAAGCGCAGCCUGCGAAGCCUGUGCAGCCUGAGAGUCGUACUGCUGCAGAAGUUCGGCAUCAGCUAUCAGGGAGCAUUGGAUCCGAUCUUGCACUGGGUCGUGACCAGUACAAGGACGACCAGGAUAUAGAAGGCUUGAUUCUUCGCUUGAGACAAUGCGUGGAAGACACAGAGCACAGGCUCCUGCGAAGGUGGCAGCCGGGAACGUCAAGCCCAAGUCCACCACCUUGUUCUGCCAAUCUUCAGGCUAAGCCGAAAAGUGCAAGGUCCGCCGAGGCAAGUUUCACGAGGCGAUUGUACGACCUGCCUCCAGAAGCGAACCAAAUAGAAGAUGCCGCCGUGCGUGGUUGCUUGGCACUGCUCAGUCAGGGGAGGAUCAAGUGGAAUCCUAGCGACUGGACCGAUCACUGGAAGUGCAAAAAGGCUUUGCUGAUCACGUCCUUAGCUAUCACAAAGAGGAAGCUUGGUGGGAAGCUACGUGGUGGCCCAAGACCUUUCCACCUGGAGGGAGUGUGGCACCCUGAGCUGAAAGGGGGCCGGUACGCCAACUGGGGCUUCACUGAAGCCACAUGUCUGCCGUGGCUGGAGGCGAUAGAGACGCAUUGCCCUCUUGUCUGCGGAGACUGCUGGGAACUUGGGAAGCGCCUGCGGCAGGAGUGCAGGUUCCAGCUGCAGGUCCUGGGAGAGCCCCAAACUGCAGCGAUUUGGUGUAACGAAACCUUAAAUGACUUUGUGUACAACCGUUGCGAGCCCGCAUGUUUGGUGAACGAGACUCAGUGCGCCUCGGCAGAGGCGGAAGAGUGCAUGCGAGUGUGCGGCAAUUACAACACUUGCACCUGUCGAAAGUUCAAAGGCAGCCAAAACCCGGCAGCAUGCGAUGGCUUCACUUUCAGUGAUGGCCAAGUCAACCGAAGGGAUGACCUCUUUUACGACUGCGCCAUGGUGCCACGAGAAUGCAUGCACACUGAUGGUGUGCCAUGCAACACCUAUCGGUAUUGCACUCCGAACCUAUGCUUGAUUGACGAUGUCAAUUGCGAACCACGGCAUCAGUGUGAGGCACCUGGCAGGUGCGAUUCAGAAAAGGGCUUGUGCUUCUAUGAUAACCAAGAAAACGGUUACCCCUGCGACGAUGGCAUCUUCUACACGCUCAACGACUCAUGCCAAGAUGGCUUCUGCGAGGGCAUCGCCGAUUUCUGCCUAGGGUACAACGUGUCCUGCGAACCGCUGAGUUCAUGUCUGACUGGAGGGGAGUGCCAUCCAUCCACCGGCCGUUGUACUUAUGACAAGCUGCCGGAUGAAACACCUUGUGACGACGGGCGGCAGUUCACUGUGCAGGACAUGUGCCAGAACGGCUUGUGCGUAGGCCGUCCACAGGAUCUUUGUGAGCAGUUUGGUGUGGUGUGCGAGGCACCAAACUGGUGCUAUGAUCCAGGCAGAUGUGACCCAAAGACGGGACAGUGUAGCGAAGCUACACUGGCUCCCGGAUAUCGCCCUUGCAAUGACCAAGACCCUACAACCAGCAACGAUUCGUGCAUUGAGGGUGUCUGUAUGGGCAUGCUUGCUGAUGGAUACCAGUAUCAGACAAUUGGAGCCGGUGAAUGUGUUGAUCGUGAGAAUCGCCGCAUGGCCCGCUAUGCUGGAGAUGUAAAGGAUCAAAUGGAGUGCGAAAGGAUUUGCACAGGUGAUCCGCAGUGUGCUGGCUAUGCAUACAACUUCCCCUUGUGCAGCAUUUACGGGACAGUGCGCACAAAGACGCCAAUGGAAUUGCCGUGGUGGUCUUUCCAGGCGGGCACCGACCCGUUGGGCGUCAUCAUUGAAGACUCACAGGUGAUGACUGAUGUGCAGAGAAGGUCCAUCUGCCGAAGGAAGGGGGUGGUGCCAGAUCGGAUCACAUCGCCUUCAGAUAUCGAGGUGUCUGCCGACGAGUUCUUUUCGCCCGUCAGGAUCGGUAUCUUCUUCUUGGUCAUCCUCGGCUGUUUCUUUGCUCUGCCAUUGACUGAUUACAUCUCCCGGCUGCUGAAGUGCCGGAAAGAUCCCCUAGAGGAGCUGGCAUCACAGGCAUUUGGGAAGAGGAAGAUUAGUUGUCCGUGGCUUGCAAACCUGUCUGUCAAACGUGAAUAUGCAUUUGUCAUGACAACGAAAAAGCCUCUGUGUCCAUACAGUUGA